GACACACAGCUCUCUCUCUCCUCUCAGUGUUUGUGUUGCUCUCCUCGCGGAUGAAUCUCGCAGUGAUGGAGAUCAGAGUGGCUCGUUUUCGCGUUCGCCGGAGAUAAAGUGAUUUUAAGGAGAAAUGCGGCGUGUUUCCUGUGCUGCUGAUCGCACGCACCGCCAGACCUGAGCUCGCAUUGAGACGAAGAGCGGCGCUGGGAAGUUUAAUGUUCCUCAAGAGCGACGGAAACAAUCAUCCGAACCUCUGAGCUGAGGAUCCUGAUGUGGUUAUUCUCUAAAUGUGAAUGAGAAGAGUAAUGCUAAGACUCUUUUCUACAACCUAGUGCACUGCAUUGCUGUCUACCAUCUACAUGCAUCCUAACUGAAACGGAGGCUCGAGAUUUCACCUGCUGGUUUUGGUGCACAAAAUUAGGAUGACCUACAAAUGGUUUCUGUUUCUCCCCGGUGGGCUCAUGCUCCUGAUCUAGGGUGGGGGGGCAUCGCCCCGUUCUGCCAUGAAAGGCUACACCCCCCAGCGCACCCGUCUCCUGUCCGACUGCGAGCCACCCCGUUCUCCCAGUCAACGGAACCCCGUGUACCCCCCAUCCGCCUCCUCCACCCUGUCCCACACCCCGUUUCUCCUCCCAGCAGCCAUGGAGCAUUAUGGAGCCCUGGAGCCGCACCACUUCUCCCCGUCGCCCGACUGCCUGAUGCCCCUCAACAACCAGCUGUCCUCCAGCAGCACCUUCCCCCGGAUCCACUACAACUCGCACUUCGACCAGGGCGACUUCGGUCCCACGGCCGACAGCAUCGGGGGAAUCAGCACCGGGACGCUGGGGACUUCUAUGUCCAUGGGAAUGGGUCUCGGAGUGGGACGGACCGCCAUGAUCACCAGCGGAUCCGCAACUAUAUCAGGGGCAGGAAAGAUGAACCGGUUGCCGCCUAACCUCCUGGACCAGUUCGAGAAACAGCUGCCAGGUCAACAGGAUGGCUUCAGCACGUUACAGUUCCAUCGAAGCACCGCGGUGACGGCGACCAAACAGCAGCAACAGCAGCGCACCGACAGUCCAGGAAAAAUACGCUACUUAGUUCACUCCGUCCAGAAACUGUUCGCUAAAUCCCAGUCGCUGGAAAACUCCGCCAUCAAGGGAAACAUGAACGGCCGCAACAGCAGGUCGUCGAGCAGCGAUGACAAACAGCAUCGGAGCAAAAGCAAAGACCGGGCGAAGAGCGAAGGAACGGCCAAACGGAGGCCACGAUCCAAUAUGUCCGGAUACUGGAGUUCUGACGAUUUGGACAGUGAUAUUAGUAACUAUAGGAACCCGAUGGCCAUGAUGACUUUGGGUCGUCAAGCAGUGGGAUCCGGACCGGGGCCGGGCGGACAGGUGGCAUCCAGGUACGUCAUGCAGGGCUACAGCACCAUGAGCGAGCACACGCUCAAAUCCUCAAAGAGUAACAGUGACCUGAAGCACCAGGGGCUCCCUGCACUCCCGGGACCUGGCGGCGGUGGUGGUGGUGUUGGAGGAAGCCGAGGCCCGAUGUUUGACGGGAACUUUGGUAAAGGGGGACCCUGGUCCACGCUUACAUUAGGACCCACCAGACAGGUGUGCCAGAAGGGCUCGGCCACGCUGGAUCGCACCCUGCUGAAGUCCAAAUCUGUCCAGCAGGAUCUGGGCUGCCACUUGCUGCAGGUGCGCGGGAGGAUGCCCUCCACCGGCGACUGGAUGGGGACUCUGGGCCGAAGCGGGCCCAUGGGCGAGAUCCCCUGUAGACGGAUGCGUAGCGGCAGUUACGUCAAAGCCAUGGGCGACCUUGAGGAUAGCGACGACUCUGACGGGAGUCCCAAACCCUCGCCGAAGAGCGCCGCGCGGAGGCAGAGCUACUUACGCGCAACACAGCAAUCACUAAGUGACCAGUUCCCCUCAAGAAACCGUCUGCUGGACUACUCGAUGCUGCAGGGGGAUCUGGAGGCUCUCUGGUCCCCCCUCCACAGCAUCAGCACCCUGCAGCAGAUCGGACGCUCUGUCAGCUGUCUUCCUUCUCUGCGAGAGUUCUCUGGGAAUCGCAGUCUGGAUAACCUGGACUGCAUCGGAGGCAGCUCUCCGUUCCCAAACUGGGACGAUGAUGACUUCAGUCAGGGCUGCAGCACGCUGGGACGCGGCAGCUGCAUCAGUCAGGUGCGAGACAUGGACUUGAGCCAGCAUUAUGGAGACGAGCUGGAGGACAUGCAUCCUCACUCCCGCUGCAUCGAGCCUCCUGACAUGCCCAUGCCCACAUGCUUCCGCUCCCGCAGCCAUAGUUACCUUCGUGCCAUUCAGGCCGGCUGUUCUCAAGACGACGACACGGCCUCGAUGGACUCUGAUUCACCGCCGCCCACGACCACAACGACCGUACGCACCUACAGCAACAGCACCGUCUCCACAUGUAUGACCUCCUGUAAGAAGGUGGCUCCGCCUCCUGUUCCCCCUCGCACCACCUCCAAACCCUUCAUCUCCGUCACCGUGCAGAGCAGCACCGAGUCCGCGCAGGACUUCUACCCCGACCACCACGACCGCAAGAGCGAGGCCAACAGCCAAUCAGGACGCAGCAACUCCUCCGACAGCCUCGACAGCCUGGCCAAAGGGUCACGACCCCAGCUUCCUGUAGCACCGCCCCGUGAACCCCAGAUCCCGGCGGCCGUGGUCAUCUCUCCCAACCCGCUCCGAGAGUCCCAUCAUGAGCAGGUGAAGGGGGAGGCGCUCGCUGCGAACAAACCCCCUGUAGACCCCGUCCCGAGACGGAAACUCUCCUCCAUUGGGAUUCAAGUCGACUGUAUUCAGGAAAUCCAGGCUAAAGUAGAGACGCCACCGCUGGCCAGAUUCCAGUCGAUCGGAGUUCAAGUGGAGGACGGCUGGACUUUCAGCCGCUCCAGUAGUAUGGCCUCUCGGCAAGAGACGGACUCAGACACACAAGAUCUCUCGCUCACGUCACUGACGUUCCUGUCUAACUCCAAACACACCGAGAAGAAAGUCAUGGUCAACAGCGCCAGCCAGUCGGUGGACUCACCUCCGCAGCUGUCCCUCGACAACGGUAACCAUGACAACGACGUGGCGGUGACGACCAGUGGCCCCUCCCGACAGAUCCUGACCAAUCGCUCGACCACGCAGAGCAGCUCCUCGUCCUUCUCCGAGAGUCUGGAUCCGGCCCUCGACCCGUCAUCCCUCCCGCCGCCCGACCCCUGGCUGGAGAGCGGGAACGGGACGGGGAACGGGGGCCCCGCCCAACCGCUGACGGGGGCCACAGGGGCCACGGCGUGCCGGCGGGACGGUCACUGGUUCCUGAAGCUCCUGCAGGCCGAGACGGGUCGGAUGGAGGGAUGGUGCAAUCAGAUGGAGAAAGAGACCAAAGAGCACCAGCUCUCAGAGGAGGUUUUGGGGAAGGUCCGUAGCGCGGUGGGCUGCGCUCAGCUCCUCAUGUCUCAGAAGUUCCAGCAGUUCAGAGGCCUGUGUGAACAAAACCUGAAUGUGAACGCAAACCCGAGACCCACGGCUCAAGAUCUGGCUGGGUUUUGGGAUCUUCUUCAGCUCUCAAUAGAAGACAUCAGCCUCAAGUUUGAUGAGCUUUAUCAUCUCAAAUCAAACGACUGGAAGCUGCAAGGAGACUCGCCGGAGAAGCAGGAGAACCAGAAACAGGCUCCUCCGGUGCCCAAGAAGCCUGGGAAGAGUAAACCAGCCCUGGGCCGAGAGAAGAGCAACGACACGGUGGACAAACAGAGACAGGAGGCUCGCAAGCGGCUCAUGGCGGCCAAGAGAGCUCAGUCCGUCAAGCAGAACUCGGCCACCGAGAGCGCCGACAGCAUCGAGAUCUACGUGCCCGAGGCGCAGACGCGGCUCUGAGGAGACGCACAGCGAACAAGCUCAAGGGCUCCGGCGUCACACACAACACCAAAAGCAGCUUUUGUCUUUUGUCUUGGUGACGUUUAAUAAACAGAGGUGAGAGAGAGGGACGGAAACCACGCAGUGCAAACAGACUGCCAAGGAAAACCUCACAACCAAUCUUAUUAGUUGCGAUUAAUAAUAUUAUUAUUGAUAUGAUAAUUAAUAUCGGACUGCUGUUGAUUAUGAUUAUUGUCCUAAAUUCUAUCAGAUUGUUUUAAAUGUUCUAAUAUUUUGGAUAAGAACUCCUGUAUCGUCGAAACACGCGCGUCUUUCCCCGCGGGAAUCCACGUCUUCCUGUUACACGCUUCGGUUUCUCUUCUUCUUCCUCCACCAGAGAUGCUCCUCGUCUUUUGUUAACGGUUCGGAUCGAUGGAAGCGAUAGAAACGUCUGUGAACGUCGCACCAGCUGCUGGUUGAUAAACAGAUGGCAGGUGGCGCUCUUCCAUUUUUCCAUGUUUUGAUGUUUACAAAUCAUGCGUUUGUGGUGUAUCAAAUGAAACCUGUCUCCAUCUCAGGUCCCGAAGUCUCACGGUUGUCCAGUGCUCAUGAGUUUAAACAGGUUUUCAAUCCUAAUAGUUCUUGUUAUUUCUGCUUUGCUUUAAGGAAAGCAACCUAACCUGAUGUUUUAUUGAAUGAAGUGCCUGUGGAUCAUUAUUGUGGGUAACUUUACGACCCUUGUAGCAAUAUCAAAGAUUAUAAUAUCACAAUUUAAUCAGCACUCCCUAAAACACGUAGUGUAGACGCUUUGACGGUGUGAUAAAACUUAAGAGCUAAAUACGAUUCUUCGUUCCUUUUCAUCGUCCAGUUUCUCUUUCAAACUGCACAAAUCUGUACUUGUCGCUCCUCAUCAUUUCUCCCGUUUUUUUGUCCUGUUAGUUUAAAUAUAGUAUUUGAAUAUGACAGAUUUGACUAGAUAAAGCAGACUCUUCUGUAACUGUUGUUCAGGGAUGUUGUAAACUCUUGAGAAACUCUUUACUGGGAAUUUUCACAAAUACAGAGAAUUGCAAAUACACAUUUGAUGUGGUUCAAUUUGGACUUGGAAUUGUUAGAAAAUGUUUUUUUUUUUUUUUUAAAGCAUUUGAUAAAACUGCAAAUUAAGAAAUCUUAGUUUUAUUAAUUUCAUCCUUUAUAUAUUUAAUGUGACUUAAUCUGAUGUGUCCAAUACAAACUUACUGCUUGUUUCUCACUGCUCUUUCCAUGCACUACCAUUAACAAGUUUGGGGUAGGUUUGAUUUUUAUGUUUUAAAAGUCUCUUGUCCUCACCAAGGCUGCAUUUAUUUGAUUUAAAAAAAAAAAAACUUAAAAAAAAAAAAAACAAUACAAUUUUGAAAUAUUAUUACAAUUUAAAAUAGCUGUCUAUGUGAAUAUCUGUUAAAAUGUAAUUUAUUCCUGUGAUCAAAGCUGCAUUUUCAGCAUCAUUACUCCAGUCUUCAGAAAUCAUUCAAAUAUUCUGAUUUGCAGCUCAAGAAACAUUUCUAAUUAUUAUCAAUGUUGAAAACAAAUAUGCUGACAAAUAUUUUUGUGGAAACCGUGACACACUUUAUUUUUCAGGAUUCUUUGUUGAACAGAGAGUUCAAAAGAACAGCAUUUACUUAAAAUGGAAAUCUUUUGUGACGUUAUAAAUGUCUUUACUGUCACUUUUGAUCAAUUUAAUGCAUCCUUGCUGAAUAAAAAUGUUCAUUUUUAAAAUCUUACUGACCCCAAACUCUUUAACUUUAUACUUUACUUUUGAUCACAUACAUUGUCAUGAACUGUUGCAGCUCUGCAUUCAGUGACAAAUGUCCCCAAACUGCCGCUGAUUGGCCUCUAUUGUGUGUCAUUGGGCCGCUGAUGGUGUGAAUUGCUUCUCUUCAGUUUGCAGCCUCUCCCGGUCGUUCCCUCCAUUUGGUGUCGGUCGAGUCGUUGACGCCUGCUGAAUGUCUCAGUCCUCUCAUAUUCAGCCCUGCAAACGUCUGACAGCCACAGAUAACCCAGAAUAAUCAUGUGCAGGAGUAUCUGAAUGCUACUCAUAUCCUGUGUUUAGUGAACUCGAGGCUCAGAUCAGAUCACUCCUCUCCUGUGGGAAACCUGAUUUAUUAAUGUUUUACCAGCCUUUGGUACUAUUUCCCCAAUUAAAUCUGCAGAGAUAAGCACAAAAAUUCUACUACGAUGCAUUUAUAGAACUUAAAUAAAAAUAAUUUGUAUAUAUAUUCUAUAUUUCAUGGUGUUUAUACAUCAUGAUAGUUAUUUCAUAAUACCUUUAAUUUAUUUUCAAAUAAUUUUAUUUAUUAAUUUAAAAAAAAAAAAAGUAAACAUCCAAAUGCAUUAAAGUGACGAAUCCGAAAAUUGAAAAACAAACGCAUGUUCAAAAUAAAAUAAAAUAAAAUCAUAAAAGGUGACAUCCAAUAUUUUAUUUAUUUAUUUAUUUUAUUUUCACGAGCAGUUGUUCACCAAAUGCAUAAUUUUGAGUCUUGAAUCAUCACGUCACUGCAUUUUGUGUAUAUGCACAACAUCAAUUCUGUUCAGGGAUUCAGCAAGCGGAUGUUUUAUGGUUGUAGUUUGUGAUGCUGAAGCGUCUCAUAUGGAAACAGACAUGAAUGUUUUAAGCACACUGAGAAACACAGACGAAUCAACCAACACCUGUGUUUGCAAAAACACGCAUUUUAUUUGACUAUUCGCUCUAUAGAUACCAUGUUAUGAUCAUUUAUUCUUAUUGCCUCAAUCUUUUUCUAUGAAAACAUCAUUGUAUCAGUUGAAUGUCUUUAAAUGUUCCACCUGACGACCUGUGUUUUUCACUGUCCGGCGUUUCAGUGUUGUCACAUCAUUCAUUUCCCGAUCAUGUCCGGCUGUAUGUUCACAUGUGAUCUGGAUCAUGUUUGUGGGCUUCCCCGAGGACAUGGAUCACGGAAACACCGUUCACCUGGAUCUGGAGCAGCAGAUGCGUUUCGGAGAAACUCUCAUUUGCAACACAGGGAUUUGUGUUCAGCGCCUCUCUGUUCAAGCUGCUUGGAUACUAGAUAAACUCUUUUAUACACCUGUUAAGUGACCGAGCAGUGGAGUAAGACGGCAGCGGUCGGGUUAUGACCCACGAACCCUCUCUGAUCUCCACAUCCACCUGACGUGACGCUCUCUCUUUCUUCAGCUGUGUUUUACUAGUUUUUGGGGGUCGUCAGACAAUAAAUCAUCUAAAUGCAAGAGUUUGUAGCAACAAGAAUUAAGAUUAUUAUUAUUAUUAUAAAGAUUGAUAAUCAAUAUUUUAUGAAACAAGCACAUAUUUUACUGACUAGGAUUUGUUCAAUAUGUCUAAUGCUAUAUGAAGUUUAGGCUGUGUAUGUCAGGGUCUUUUGUUUAGUAAGAAAUACAGUAAAUCUGAGUUAAGUUCAAA